UUUUUAAUUAACACACCCUCUCUCUCUCUCUCUCUCUCUCUCUCUCUCUUAAAAUGCUUAUUGCCUGAGAACUCUUAAUUGCCUCCUUUUUACAUGAAAAAAUGGCAGCACCAUCACCUCUUUCUCACCCUGUGUCUCAUCUAAUUUAUCUUCUCCUUCUCUACCAGUAAACCCUUUAUUGUACUAGGCUAGCUAAUUGCUUCUUCUUCUUUAUUUAUUUAUUUAUUUUGGUCUUGUUUAUGGGGGCCGGUUUCUCUGGGUUUCUGGCAGAGAGUAAUGGAGGCUCUCCUCCAACGAAACCCAGUCUUGGUGACCUGCCGGAGAACUGUGUCUCCUCCAUUCUCAUGCACUUGGAUCCGCCGGAGAUCUGUAAAUUGGCACGCUUGAACAGGGCUUUCCGUGCCGCCUCUUGGGCUGAUUUUGUUUGGGAGUCCAAGUUGCCUUCAAAUUACAUGUUUCUUGUUAAUAAACUUCUUCAUCAAGACCCCCAGAACUUGUCUAAGAAGGGGAUUUAUGCAAGAUUGUGUCAACCCAAUCCCUUUGAUGAUGCCACAAAGGAAGUGUGGUUGGACAAGAUCAGCGGCAAGCUUUUUAUUUCAAUUUCGUCCAAGGCAUUGAGGAUAACGGGGAUAGAUGAUCGGAGAUACUGGAAUUUCAUUCCAACUGAGGAAUCCAGAUUUCACACAAUCGCAUAUCUUCAACAAAUUUGGUGGGUUCAAAUAGUUGGCGAGAUAGAGUUGGAAUUUCCAGAGGGGAAAUAUGGUGUGUUCUUCAGGCUUCAGCUUGGCAAAGCCUCCAAAAGAUUUGGUCGUAGGGUUUGUAACUUUGAUCAAGUGCAUGGGUGGGACAUCAAACCUGUCCGGUUCCAGAUGUCAGUAUCCAACGGUCAGCGUGCGAUUUCAGAAUGUUAUUUGCAUGAAGCAGGGAGUUGGGAACAUUACCAUGUGGGUGACUUCGUUGUCGACAACCCUAACACGACCACCAAGAUCAACUUUUCAAUGAUCCAGAUUGAUUGCACGCACACCAAAGGUGGUCUCUGUGUAGACUCCGUGUUAAUAUGUCCGAGCUAGUGAGAUUAGAGAAAUAUUAAACCACUUUUAGGGUUUCAGCUAAUUUUAAUGCCAGCUUCUGAUAUAUUAUACAGAAAGAAAGUAAAGUAUGUACAAUAUAU